AUGUCUUUGAAAGUCCCAAAGGUAAAAUCGGACUCCAAAUCCGACCCGCAACACUACCAUAGCAACAACCGUGCCGACAGUAGUCUACAGAGACCCCAGCGUCAGUGUCUCAGAGAAGCACGACUUUCUAUCCCAAACAACCGAGGACAUACAGCCCGGACCGGCCUUCCGCCCCGCCCGUCCGCCGCAUCGACCUUGCAGUGGCAGCGGACCCUGUUCCAAGUAUUUGGGUACUCGCAUCACGGCAGGGAUGAGCCUGCAGCGGGGAGCGAGCAGCAGAGACCCCGAGAGACAGUCGACCCGCCCGUCUCCGCGGAAACUUAA